ACGAAGGGCCAUCGCGGCGCGUAUGUUGAUUAGUCACGACUUAUAGUAUAUUUCGUCAUAAUAUAUAUUGGGCGUAAUAUAUUCAUAAUUUAUUAUUACUUUUGAACAAGCACAUCAUGUGCACAUCUCGUUUUUAUAAAUCUUCACGCUCGAUCCAAAGUGAAGUGCAAAAACCCGCGACGAGCAAAAUUACAAAUCUCACUUCACGGAACGUCCAAUUCUCGUUGAAAAUUCACCCCGAGCUGCUCACUCGGUGAGAGACAGUGCCGUGCAUUCACACCGCAUCCCGGUGUCGUCGGGGAUUGACGGAGCGAAGAGACGCGAGGGAACGACGAUCGGACGACGAGGGCGACAACGAGUCGACCGGGCUCGGGGUUUAGCGACAGGACGUACGACGGCACCCGGCAAAUGUGGCUCUGUGCACGGUGAGCCGGGGUUACGGGGCCCGCGGGGCCCGUGCCGGUGGUGCUGGUGCUGGUGGCGGUGGCGGAGGCGGAGUCGCCUCGGCCAGAUUAACGCGGGGGGAGGCGAGCGCGCGACUGCCCUUGAGCCCGCGCAAUUUAUGCGCUUCCGGGGCCGCCGGCUCACGCGGCCCCGGGGUGCACGGCGCGACCCUGGCUGCAAGCGGCGGCGGUGUCGCGGAGGACGUCGGCCUGGGACCGGACGAGCCGAUGGUCCACGUGGAGAGAUCGGGGCACAAUCAGGGUACAUGGAUCUGUUGCGCGCCCUGUUACUGGCUGAGAAGAAGCAAGGCCGUGCACAAGGCGCUUCUCACCUUCGCCAUGAUGCUGGUCACCAGUCUGUUGGUCACCAGUCCGGUGCUCUUCCUCAUCACGACUCUGCCGGAGGGAGAGCAGCCGCGUAAUUGUGCGCCUUUGGAUGAAGCUUGUAUCAGAGAGCGAGAUGGACCUGAUGGCGUCUGCAAUACUGACACUUGCGUGGAGGCUUCGAGGAGAAUCCUGGCGUCCAUGAAACGGGGCGUCGAUCCUUGCAAGGACUUUUAUAAAUUUACUUGCGGCGACUUUCGCGAUCGACGUCCCUAUCAACCGAGCGCGAGUUUUAAUAUCCUUCAAGCGCAGACCGACGAACAUAUACGCGAAACGUUAGCGAACGAGACAGGACAAAUGGUUGCCGCGUUCGAAAAGCUUGGACAAUUUUAUAACAUUUGUCGAGAGUUUAGGAAGAAAGCCAUAAAUUUUACACUCGUUUAUAAUCUUUUAGACGAACUAGGUGGUUAUUUAUCGCCGAAAAGGGAGAUACUGAACGAUAUCACUCCUCUGAUCUCCGCAUUGCUAAAAGUGAACGGCGCGCCCCUCUUCGACUUACAUGUCGACGUAGAUCUUUACGAUCGCACAAAGUCAUCCGUAUAUCUUGAUCUCCCUACCAAGCCUCCCUAUCACGAGUUUCUCACAGAGGAUCAAAAAAAUGAUGUACAAAAAUCGGGUAGAAUUCGAGAAGAGAUUGUUCGAGGAUUCUUGCCAAAAAAUAUGAGUCUUAAGGAACAAUCGUCGGAGAUGAAUUUGCUGUUGCAGUUUUGCUUAUCGCUAGACAAGAUUUAUCCAAAGCACAAAGACUUGUACAACUGGGUGGACGUUGAUCAGAGAAUAUACGUUGCCUAUAACGUGUCUUAUCUUCAAGAAAAUUUUAAUUAUAUAAGAUGGAAAACGUUGCUAAAUACGUUACGUCCGCGCAUCGAUCUGCACGAUGAUAAUGACACGAAUCACGUACACGCUCCGCCGGCAUCUGAGGAUCAACAGAUCUAUGUCUACGUCACGGCCCCACGCUAUUUGCGUAGCCUCGGCAAGUUAUUGAAUCGCUCCUCCAAACGGAUUAUUCAUAACGGAUUGCUGUUACUCUACGCCGUGGACACGUUGCACGAUAUCGUGAAUGUUAACGCUACUAAAGAUUGGGAAGCUUCCUGCUACAGAUUGACGAAAAGCGUUUUUAGCGAAGCGAUCAGUGCGCUCUACGUGCGACAGUACGCGCCAAGAUAUUUGGACACUUUGAUUAACAGGGUGACCGCGCUUUUCGAACGCGUGAAAGAAACAAUAGCGGAACGUAUAUUGGUGAAGUCGUGGUUUGACGAUGAUACUAGAACACGGGCGUUACUAAAAUUGAAUUCUUUACGGGGUCGAUUUCAAGUGUCGCCUGAUUUCUACAACGACACCUUGCUGAAUCACGAGAUGGCCAAGGUCGUGAUCGAUUCGGAUGAUUUUAUCACUACCGUCCUAAAAAGAUUUCGUCAAAUUCGGAGACCAGAAGAGUCAAGUCCGUUACGAAAAAAUGCGAUAGAAAGAUGCCAUUAUCCUUAUUCUGUGCACGCCUAUUACGAAUCUUCAACAAACACGAUCAAAAUUCCAUUGGUCAUGAUGACAUCCUGGGCAUGGUCAUGGGACGGUGGACCAGCUUAUGCGGUUCACGCUACGCUAGGAUCAGUCAUCGCUCAUGAGAUUCUUCAUGCCUUUGAUUUUCACCGUCGCAAAUCGCCCAUAGAUCCAGAUUUAAAUAUUGACGAAUGGCUUUGGAUCAGACCGGACUCUUGGAAACGAUUGGAGAGCAGAAUAGAGUGCGUCGCGCGACUCUACGCUAAGAAUUUCUGGCGUAAGGUUCAGUCUUACGGCAAUGAUGUUGCUGUACAGUUCGAUUGGAAUAUGACAAGAAACGAGAUAGUCGCGGAUAUUGGGGCCUUACAAAUUUCUCACAGGACCUGGUACACUUUGACAAAUGGAAAAGAUCGAAGUCUCCCUGGGCUGGAAGGACUUCGUCCAAGCCAACUUUUCUUUAUAAGUGCCGCUCAGGUAUACUGCGUUAACAUGACUGCCGAGGCCUAUGUCUCCUCCGUUGAAUCCGAUUAUCGCCUACCUCCAGAAAGAAUCAACGGUAUAAUGAUGAAUUCUCAAGCGUUCGCCGAAGCGUUUCGCUGUCCACUCGGAACAAAAAUGAACCCCUCUAAUAAAUGCACUAUCUGGUGAUAAUUAUACAUAUAUUCGUCGAUAUGUAAGUAUAUGUCGUCGAUCCUGCAAUAAAUCGCCUACACUUUGCUUGUUCCAUAAUUAGGACGAAUCGCGCAGAUUAUUUCAAAAUCGUAAUUCACAGCAAGAAUUAAUACUGCUUAGGAAUAAAUAUUUGCCUCUUUACGGAAAUUAAUAAAACUUUAUUCAUUAAAGGCUGCAAUUAUAAUAUGAAAAACUUUGAUUAUAUAAUUGUUUUCCUUUUUCAAAGAUCUCAGAUUAAUAUUAGAAUUAUUAUAUGUAAAUAGACAACGCUUGUAUUUAAAAAAAUCACAUUUCAUUUUUAC